GGACGGCCCCUGGAUCGCGAAACGCCCGACGAUUGCAUGACGUCGGUGUUGCGAGAGACGGCGGCGCACGCGGCCAAGGCCAAGAAGCCGCUCUCGGACCUCAACCAGAUCCGCCAGGCGAUCAAGGGGCUGCAAAAGGACGCGGCCGAGCAGCUGCAGCUCGAGAUGGAGUCGCAAGCGACCUUUGCGUACUUGAGCUCCCAGCUGCACGCGCUUAAGCAGGCCUUUGAGACGCUCUCGGACGUUGACGGCGUGCGCAAGAACACGACCAAGCGCCUCGAGCAGCUCGAGAACCAAGUCGACAAGCAAAAGGAGCUCACGCUCGCGGCCCAGCGCGAGCUCGAGCAGGCCAAGCGCGCGUGGGACGUCUGGAGCUUGAAAGAGCGGGACUGGGCCAAGGACAACGAGAUACUAAAGGCGAGCCACAGCCACAACAUUGAGUGGAUGCAAGCGCUUCAGCGCGACGUCAUGGAGACAAAGGACCGCGUGCACGAGCUCCGACACGACCACGCGACACGAGCCAAGCACAUGGCCGACGAAGCCUCGGACCUGCGGAUUCUGUGGCAAAAGCAGGUCGAGAGUCUCCAGGCGCAGCUCGCGGGCUUUGAAGCGUCCGCCGCAACGCACGCCCGCGAGACCAAAAUCCACGCGCAGCAGCGACUCGACGACCUGGCCAUGAUGGAGCAGGCGGUCGCAACCCUCUCUGGUCACCACACGCGCCUCGCACACACCCUCGACGAGGGUCUCCAGCACCUCCAGAGCGAAGUGGGUCUAAUGACGCGGCGCACCGAGGCGACGGAGCAGCGCGUGCAUGGUGCGACGACGCAGCUCGAGCAGGUGCGCGGGAAGCUCUUCCUCAUGGAGCGCGACCAGAGCCAGCGCAUGGAAAGCAUCAGCAGUAUGUUUUCGGUCGUGGCCGACGCCAUGGCCAAGGCUUAGGCCGAGUUCAUGUCGAGCGAGAGCUGCUGCACCGACUUGAUGAACGUGUCGACGUGCUCGGGGCUAAAGUCGGGCGCGCAGCCGUGGCCGAGGUUGGCCACGUAGCCUUGCGUGCCAAACUUGGUCAGCAUCUUGCCAACCUAGUGGCGUGUUAAAACCAUCAAGUAUCGACCUAUCAAGUGGCACCUCGU